AUGGCUUUCCACUCGGUGGUAACGAUGGAAAAGCCCCUCCAGCACAUCUCGCUGACGGACUGGUACGCCCGGGUGAACCAGAUGCGCAAUGUGGCGGAUGCCCGGAGAUCAGACGCCUUCGCCAUGCGUCAUUCAUCCCGAUCCCUGAGGAACGAGACGAGGAUCGAGGGCGACUGGGCCAACUAUGAGACUAAUGAAGCUCUGACCGAUCGGAUCUCAGAGUUGAAUCGCUGGAGGGAUAUAAUCUCCAAGUCCUUCGAGAGGAUCGAGCGCGAGAUCUUCAUGCUGCAGGAGGAGAAAAACGCCACGGAACGUGAGCUGGAGGCGCUGGCGGGACCGAUUUCCGUGAUAGCAGAGUGCCUUACCAUGCGGGAUGGCCGCCUGGGAUCGGAGAUCACCUACGACGAGGCCGAUACGGAGAUCAAGAACGAACUGGUGGUACUUGAGAACAACCAGAGGCUGCUGGCCGAUCGCUGUCAGAAGGCGUGGGAGAAGCUGAAUCGGCUGGAGGAGGUGCGCUUCAAGAUCGGCCUGGAGAUCGAGUUCAAGGUGGAGGCGGUGCAGCUGGACAACUCACAGUUGGCCCUCGACCGCAACUCGGCCAAUAUCUCAUACAAGCCGGAUCCCACCAGGAACCCAAAGAAUUCCUGUUCGUACGAGUCCUGGCUGGAGAACGUGAAGAACAUAAAGCUGCUGGCGGAGAACGAGCUGGCUGAUACGUACGCCAUACGGGAGGCGUUGUUCGUGUGCCGUGAGAAGGCACGCAACAUGCUGCAGUCCCAGCAGGAGCGGGCGGAGCACACCAUUCGCAAGCGAAUCUUCGAGACCCAAAGGGCCCGGAACGAACUGGAGUGGCAGCAGAUGAAGAUGAAGGACGAGAUGGAGAAGGCGAUGUGCGAGAUUCGUACGUCGGAGAAUGCCCUGCGCGACAAAACCGAUGCCCUGAAGCUGGCCGAAACGCGUCUGGAGAACCGUGCCCAGAGAUCGGGCAUGGAGCUGUGCAUGGACCAGGCCCACGACAUGCUCUGUUUGGAGGUAGAGAAGCUGCGCGAGAUCAGACGCCGGCUGCAGGCCAAGAUCGACGAGAGCAAGACCAACUUUAAUCUGCUGGAGGAGCACGGCAAACGCAUUGACGUGGAUCUGGAGAACAAGCAGCACUCGCUGAUGACGGACAUCCGGGCACUGGAUCUGCGUAUGCGCCUCCGAGGAGGAGAGUUCGGCACCAAGACUACUCCGGCCACGCAGACCGACAGGAACAUUACGCUCACGCGCAUGGAGAACGAGAUUCCCAAGGAUUAGAUUGUAUUUUCGUUUGAAAUAUCACUCAUUCAAUGCAUUUACCCUGACGUUCAUUGCUCGUUUGUAAUUUGUCCAAAUUUUUGUGAAUAA